ACACACACUAAUAGCAGGGAUGUGCAACAGAAUGCUCUGCUAGUCUGCUUGCUUGUCCACGUACACCACCACCAUCUCUAGUUGAGAAGGUGCUUCAGCAGACACGCCAGGACAGUGUUCUUCCGUCUGCUGUCGCUCCGUGGCUGCUGCUGGCAGAAACUUGUUAUAUAUACCUAUGGUUCAGCGAGAUAGGCAGGCAGGCAGCUGGUUUUGGCUUCAGUUCCAGUACCAGUGGCACCCAACUGAAGAAUAGCCGAGCAACUGACGAUAGAUAGAUAACGUCAGGUUGCAAAGUUUGCUCUCGUAAGAUUUCUCGAGGUUGAUGGAGACGGACGAAUCUGUGCGACAGUGGGCCGCCGGUGCUCGCGCCCCGGCGAGCCGAUCCGCCGUGGAGCAGGCCUUCAGGGAGCGGCAUGACGACCCGAUGAUGGCGUCCCCGGACCAAGACUCGCCGUUCGACGCGUCCGCGCUGCGCGUCGCGGCGCACCCGGUCUCCGUCAGCCUGCCGGCCUCUCCGUCCAGGUUCGACGCCGCCCGGACGGAGGCGGGGUUCCCGCCGCGCCACGCUCCCGCGUCGCGCAUGCUGUCCCUCCCGCCGCGGCCGCCGCCGAUGGUGUCCGUCGCGUUCGAGCACCUGGAGGUGGUGUUCCGCUCUCAGCCGAUCGCCGCGGCGGCCUCCGAGCUGCCCAGCGCCCAGGACUCACAGUCCCAGGUGCUGCACGACGACUCGAUGAGCCGCGGGAGCGGGGCGCGCAUGGGGACGAGCAAGGCGCGGAGGGACACGAGCUAUGACUCGUUCAAGACGUGGUCCGGGAAGCUGGAGAAGCAGCUGACCACCCACCUCCGCGUCGUCAGGCAGCCACAGCCGCAGGAGGCUGAGCCCGAGGAAGACGACGGCGCGGCGACGAGCGGCCGCCCCUGCUCCAUGCCCAGAGUCCAGCGCUUCUUCGCGGCGCUGGAAGGCCCCGAACUCGACAAGCUACGGUCGUCGGAGGAGCUCGUCCUGCCGUCGAACAAGACGUGGCCGUUUCUGCUCCGGUUCCCGGUGUCGGCCUUCGGCAUGUGCCUCGGCAUGAGCAGCCAGGCCAUCCUGUGGAAGAACAUCGCCAUCUCGGCGUCCACGCGGUUCCUGCACAUCACGCUCCGGACAAACCUCGUGCUGUGGUGCGUGUCGGUGGCGCUCAUGUGCUUGGUGUCGGCGCUGUACGCGUGCAAGGUCAUCUUCUACUUCGAGGCGGUGCGGCGGGAGUACUACCAUCCGAUCCGCGUCAACUUCUUCUUCGCGCCGUGGAUCGCCUGCCUCUUCCUGGCCAUCGGCGUGCCGGAGCUGGUGAUGGAGAGCCUGCCGCACUGGCUCUGGUACGUGCUCAUGGCCCCCAUCGUGUGCCUGGAGCUCAAGAUAUACGGGCAAUGGAUAUCCGGCGGGCAGAGGCGGCUGUCGAGGGUGGCGAACCCGUCCAACCACCUGUCCAUCGUCGGCAACUUCGUCGGCGCGCUGCUGGGGGCCAUCAUGGGGUUGAGGGAGGGCCCCAUCUUCUUCUUCGCCGUCGGGCUCGCGCACUACAUCGUGCUGUUCGUGACGCUGUACCAGCGGCUGCCCACCAGCGAGACGCUGCCGAGGGACCUCCACCCGGUCUUCUUCCUCUUCGUGGCCGCGCCCAGCGUCGCCUGCCUCGCCUGGGCGCGGAUCACCGGCGAGUUCGGCUACGGCUCCCGCAUCGCCUACUUCAUCGCCAUGUUCCUCUACGCCUCGCUGGCCGUGCGGAUCAACAUGUUCAGGGGGUUCAGGUUCUCGCUGGCGUGGUGGGCGUACACGUUCCCGAUGACCAGCGCGGCCAUCGCGUCGAUACGAUACUCGUCGGAGGUGAAGAACGCCUUCACGCAGGCCAUGUGCAUCGUGCUGACCGUGGUGGCCACGCUCACGGUGACGGCGCUCCUCCUGACCACGCUGCUGCACGCCACCGUGCACCACGACCUCUUCCCCAACGACAUCUCCAUCGCCAUCACGGAGCGCAGGCCCAAGCACAGCACCAUCGCCGAGCUAAACGAGCUGCACGCCAACAAGGACGCCGACGCCGCAUGCAGAGACCUCGAAGCCGCCUAUAGACCAUGAUCGGAUCGACGCCGACUGGAUUCUUCAUGCAUGUGACGGAGCAAACCGGUGGCGACUGGUUGGUCGAUCGUGCAUACCGAGCAGGAGCACGCACGUACGUAGCCUGGACGUGUCUUCGAGAGUUGUCUGUGGCUCGAAUUGACUGCCGUGCGGGGCAGUGCGCUCUCGGAGUCGGGAUCAGCACGUACGUACGUAGCUAGCUGAUGGGAAUGUGCUAUAUGUUGCAACUCUCAUUAAGUAUAAUCUAGAAAAAUACGGCAGCUAAAACAUAGUCGCUAUAAUCAUAGUGAAUCAUCAAAU